AUGUCGCUCGCGAUGUGGAAGGACGCGGCGUUCGCGCGCAUCUUCGGCGGCGCCACGGCGGCGGCGCUGCCCCCGAAAUCCUACGGCGCCUGGGCCGUGCGCGACCUCACGGGCAUGUCCGUCGUCUUCACGUUGCCGCCGCUGUUAGCGCCGAAGCUCGCGGCGGCCACGGACAUGAAUCUCAGAUCCGCGGAGACGUUUUUGCAGUUCACGCUGCCCAUGGCCAUCCAGCCCGUCGUCGCGCCCUUCCACCAGCUCGGCUUCCUCUUCUCCUUCAAGCCCGACGCGCCCCUGUCGUCCCACUGGUCGACGGUGAAGGCGCAGGUCGGCGGCGUCGUCGUCAUGCGGUGGAUCCGGGGCUUCCCGCCCUACUGCGUCGGCGCGACGAUGAACAAGAACCUGCGCUACGAGUUCCGCGACGCGCUGGGCCUCUCCAACGACUCCGUCGCCGCGCCGGAGCCGCUCGCGCGCGCCGUGACGAAGCCGGGCGACUCGCUCGCGCUCGCGCGGACGAUGACGCCCGGCUGA